AGUUUCAUCGUCGUCCUUCCCACCUUUUUACGGCCCAUUGUUUCUUCUGAGACCAUUCAAAAAAAUUUUCAACCCGUUUAAUAAUCAGUGUACAACUGUUUUGUUGGUGAUCCCAUCGGUAACCUUCUGUGACCAGAAGAAAGUCAGAAAUAUCCCAGUGAACUAAGAGUCACUAUUCGCUGAUAACAAAUGGCCUCUGAUCAUGGUGAUUCCGUUUUUGCUAACGUUGUUCGUGCUCCUGAAGAUCCCAUUUUAGGGGUCACUGUUGCUUACAACAAAGAUCCGAGCCCAAAGAAGUUAAAUUUAGGAGUUGGAGCCUAUCGAACUGAGGAAGGGAAACCCCUUGUUCUGAAUGUGGUGAGACGUGCAGAGCAAAUGCUUGUAAAUGAUACGUCUCGUGUAAAGGAGUAUCUUCCCAUCGUUGGGCUUGCUGAAUUUAACAAAUUAAGUGCCAAACUCAUUUUCGGUGUUGACAGUCCUGCCAUUCAAGAGAACAGGGUAACUACCGUGCAGUGCUUGUCUGGUACUGGUUCAUUGAGGGUUGGAGCUGAGUUUUUGGCAAGGCAUUAUCAUGAGCACACCAUAUAUAUUCCACAGCCAACAUGGGGAAAUCAUCCGAAAGUGUUCACCAUAGCAGGCUUGUCAGUGAAGACUUACCGCUAUUAUAGCCCCGAAACACGAGGUCUGGACUUCCAAGGACUGCUGGAUGACCUAAAUGCUGCCCCAUCAGGAGCAAUAGUUCUUCUUCAUGCAUGUGCUCAUAACCCAACUGGUGUAGAUCCAACUCCAGAGCAAUGGGAACAAAUCAGGCAGUUGAUGAGAUCAAAAGGAUUGCUACCUUUCUUUGACAGUGCUUACCAGGGUUUUGCCAGUGGCAGUCUUGAUGAAGAUGCUCAAUCAGUUCGCAUGUUUGUUUCUGAUGGUGGUGAAUGUCUUGUAGCUCAAAGUUAUGCUAAAAACAUGGGAAUGUAUGGAGAGCGUGUUGGUGCACUUAGCAUCGUCUGCAAAUCUGCAGAUGUAGCAGUCAGAGUCGAAAGCCAGCUGAAAUUGGUCAUCAGAUCCAUGUAUUCAAAUCCACCCAUUCAUGGUGCAUCUAUUGUUGCUGCCAUAUUAAAGGACAGCCAUAUGUACCAUGAAUGGACAGUGGAGCUGAAAGCUAUGGCUGACCGGAUUAUCAGCAUGCGCCAGAAGCUUUUUGAUGCUUUGCAAGCUAGAGGCACACCUGGUGACUGGAGUCAUAUCAUCAAGCAAAUAGGGAUGUUCACUUUCACGGGGUUGAAUGCCCAGCAAGUUGCUUUCAUGACUAAAGAAUAUCACAUUUACAUGACCUCUGACGGGAGAAUAAGCAUGGCAGGUCUUAGUUCCCAGACAGUCUCUCUUCUAGCUGAUGCCAUACAUGCUGCUGUUUCCGCCGUUGUCUAGAUGCAUUGGAUAUGAGGAAUCUUUAGUGGAGUAAUUUGACUUUGAGGCAUAGAUUCCUUAAGAUUUUGUAAGACUUAAUUAAAAUGAGGCUUCCAAAUGAAGGCUUAGCUUUCAUAUUCUGGAUCUCUUCUAGUUUCUCCUUGCAGUCUGCAAGGUUUCUCAAAGAAAGAUUGAUUUUGAC